AUGGUUUCUACGAGAUGCGGUUCUGCGGGGGUGAUUGGCAUCUUUGUCGCUCCUCGGAUCUUCACGCCCACCGACCGCUUGCAUACUACCAAGUCGCCCAUGGCGAGUAAUAUAACGGCUCGCCUCGCGCUCAGCGAUAGUGAAUUGAUUGGGCCGGCAGCUUGCAGAUGA